AAUGUUUAUCCAAACGGAAUUCCAAGUGUCAGUCACUCACAGUUUAAAACGAUCUGACGUCAAUUAGUUAAAUCUUUGAAUAUGAUACUUUAAUUCUCUUUUAUUCACCUUAAAAAAACAGGAUGUUGUAUAAGAUUUUCAAUUCCGGAAAGAUGUAAUUUGACAUUUUUAAUUACACGUACCCACUCCAUUUUUAUUUUCCGUCGGAUGUUCCCACGCAGAGCAGAAUUUGUUUGAUCUAUCCAAUGGCUGCUGACAGGAAAAGUUCUAUCGAUUUAUAGAGCCUGCUAAAUGUCCAUGUAGGAGCCAGACUGCUUCAGAACGAGGACCUGUCAACACAACGAUCAUGUAAAAGAAGAUGGAGAACCAUUUACUCCGAGAACCUCUUACAUCAAACACAAAGGACAAAAACCAGGCAAAAAACAACACGUACUCACCUAAUGACGUCAUUGUUGGAGGUGCCGUGUGUAAUGGAGGUGCCGUGUGUAAUGGAGGUGCCAGGUGUUCGGACUACAAUCACCACGGUGGAGUGGAAGAUGUUAAGCUCAAUUUAAACAUACCCCACAAGAGUUCCGCGGACUUGGAACCUCGCCAUCAGCUGUCUUCCAACGACUUCCGCUGUUUAUUGAUUCUAUCACUAUUGUCCGUCGUGUGUUUCUGUCCCACGGGGAUUUUUGCAGUUAUCACGACGGCAAAGAUGCUAAAGGCGAGAAAAGUUGGAAACGAGACUUUGAUAGCGACACUAGCUGCCCGUGUUAAAAUGCUGGUGUCGAUGUCCAUGGGGAUAUGGAUUGUGAUUCUAGUCUUCAGUGUCAUUGUGUAUUUUGUGAACAUAUUUGGCGUCAGAAGUUACUUCACAUGAGACCAAACGACGUAUUCCACAUGACUCGUAAUAAAGCGACUAUGUCUUAUAAACAUGUACAUGUAUGUUCAUUAAAUCCAGUUAAUGUUUGUAA